AUGGCUGCCGAAGGCCAGGAGAUCCCAGAGGAGGUCAAGGGGGAACAGAUCCCAUCCCAGGAAGAUGGUGUAGAUGACGAGGAAGAGAUUGAGGCCAUGAAGCGACGAGUGGCCGAGAUGGAAUCCGAGGCGGCCAAGCUGCGCGAGAUGCAAGCCGACCUCGACCAACAGACUGAGAGCCUCCAAGAGAACAAGGAAGAUAUCGAUGCGCGUAGCAUUUUCGUCGGCAAUGUCGACUACGGUGCUUCGCCGGAGGAGAUACAGGCUCACUUCCAGAGCUGUGGUUCCAUCAACCGGGUUACCAUCUUGCUGGACAAGUUCUCUGGCCAGCCCAAAGGUUAUGCCUACGUUGAAUUUGCGGAACCCAGCCUGGUCGCUCAGGCUUUGGUGUUGAACGAAAGUGUCUUCCGCGGUCGCAACUUGAAGGUUGUUCCCAAGCGUACCAACCUGCCUGGUAUGAACCGUGGCCGUGGUGGUGCUCGCGGUGGCUUUGGCCGCGGUCGUGGUCGUGGCUUCCCUCGUGGUGGUGGAUAUCGUGGCGGUGCUCCUUACCGGGGUCGGGGACGUGGUUUCUCGCCCUACUAA